AAUGGCAGGAGGGUGCUGGCGCUGGAACAGGAGAAGAAUGCGAGCAAGCAUUUUCUUUCCUUUCUAAGUUGCGCAAUGUAACGAGAUACAUGAGCAAAGCAGCCAGAGAAGAGGAAAUAACUCUCUCGGUUAAAUUCUGGAACCAGAAAAAAAUCAACAUGAUGGCAAAAUCACUGGCAAAAAAGCAUGCUAAGAUGAAGAAUGAGAUAGAGAUAGUAGAGCCAGAAAUUCUUGGUAACUGUAGGCAGCUUGGCAUCGACGUGACGACUCUUCCACAAUGGGUUAAAGAGAUAACCGAGUUUGCCUCAGGAUACGACGGUCAAGCUGACAAUGAUCAAGGCGCUAUAAUGACACGGCUAGAGACGCUGUCUUUUACGAUCCAGCAGCGCAGGCAUGUCAUGAGACAAAAUGAAAGAGCAAAGCAUAACACGGUGUUGCGCAGCAGAAACGAACGCGACACAAAGGCUGUUGCUGCAGCCAUUGUGCAAUUGCAUGACGUCACCCCUCAGAUUGCUGUAACAACUGCUCGGGUCCUGGAAGGAAACUUUCCAUGGCUAGUUGAAGGAACUGCGACGAGCCACACAACUGCAGAAAAGAGAAAAGUGGCUGAAUUGCAUCAGAAGCUCAUGCGUCUCAAGGAGGAAAUGCUCAUCCUCGAGACAGAGAUGAAGCAGUUCAUCACGUACUAUGAGAACCAGUUGGUCAAGUACAUGUACUGUGAUUUGACCACAGACUACUUUGGUUGCACUCAUGGAGAAGCAUGCAAUUUUUAUUGCAUUGGCAAAGGUCCACUGACUAAAAAAGCACAAGCAGGAGCAAUGAUACUACUGCAAGCAAGAGAAGAUUACAUCAAAAAACAAUUACAAACAGCACAGUCCCUGUUUUAAUGUGCUAACCACUGAGGGGGCCAAAGCCUUUUUUGUACGCCACAUUAUGAAUUGAUUACAGCUAGGGUAUGCGGUAUGCAGUGAUGAUAGUGCAACAUAUUCCUAUUCCAGGAAGUUUUUUCUAUGGGUUUCCUUCAUUAUGAUCCCUUAUGCCAUUCUUGUAAUAUUAUUGUAAGCAUUAGCCAAAAUUUGAAUAGUUAUCUGCAUACAUUUAUCGUGAUAUUUUUUACUGGAAUUUAGUUCUGAAUGAUCACUAUAGGUGAUUUGUAAAUUUUUUAAAUUAACAAAAAAAUAUUUUGCUUGUAGUGAUUUUAGAUCGCUUCUUGUAUUUAACAAGAACUGUCUAGGGGAAUUUUCAAUGGUGUGAAUAGUGUGGUCUGACAAUAUUUUACCCAGAAUCUGCAGACCGAGUCAAGUUUUUGCAACUCAAAUAAUUAAAGGUAUAUCCUUUACUCUAUGUUCUAGGGUUAUGUUAAGUUAAUCUAGGUUAAAAUUACGCUACAUAAAAGUUUCAUGGUUCAAUCACCUUUAGAAAUAUUUUU